AUGGCACAUCUUGACAGUACUUUUCAAUCCUGCGAGGCGGUCGCGGCCGCGCACAUGAAGGCCCCCGAGCAGCAGCAGCUCCUCCUCGCGUCGUUUCCACUGGCGCAGCGCCCGUUCGAGCGCUUGGACCUCAGCCCCCGCGCCCGCCGCCGGUUCCACACGCAAGCGACAGACCUCUUGGGCCGCGCCUUGAAGGAGUACGAAGAGUAUACGCUGUACCGGCACCGCCAGGUCGACCGCCGGCGCUGGAAACCCGUCAAGAGCCACGGCAAACUCACUGUCUACCGCGAGUCGCGGUCCUACGCCGUCAGCCGCUCGCUGAGCGCCGAAGACGAGGCCGGGAGCUCGGCGCGGCACCGCACGUCGGGCUCGAGCUCGAGCUCGGGCGCCUCGGGCUCUGGCUCGGUCUCGCUCCCGGCCCAUCAGGUCACGGAGCUCGAGCUCUUGACGGGGUGGGGGCCCACUGCAACGGCCGCCCGCGAGCAGAAGAAACGCCUCCGGCACAAGAGCCUCACGACGCCGUCCAUGUCGACGCUCAGUAGUGGCACGAAGACCAGUGGAGUUGGCAGUGGUGGCGACCACCUGCCGGUAUUGCUCGGUCUUGGCAGUAUCUGUGGCUCGCUGGACGACGUCAUGUACGGUAUUGCAGCUCCGGAUAGCGUGACCAUGGCGCUCAAGAACUCGUAUUUGUACGACGAUGUGCUGGACGAAGACGUGCUGGCAGCGAUUGAAGGACCGUCGACGCGCAGUCCGUUUCGCUUUCUAGGCAUCAAGUGGCUCGUGCAGUCAGCAGGCGGUGGGAGUAGCAGCAGCUCGAGCAAGCACCAUAAGGUCGGGGCGCCUCGAGAUUUGGUGUAUCUGGAAGCUACAGGCGUGAUUACCGGUGGAGACGGCAUUCGCAUUGGAUACCAAAUCAUGCAGUCGGUGAACGUCCCUGGCUGUCCCGAGUUGGUGGAGUCACAUGGAAUGAGACGAGCGCACUGUGAAAGUGUGUACCUCUUUGUUGAGCUGAACAACCGCGUGGUUGAUGUGUUUCUCAAGUCAAACGUGAUGCCGAAGGGCAAGUUGUCCGAGUCAGCAGCGCUCCAGAGCUGGACGAACGUGCUGCUGAAUUGUGAGAAAAGUGUCCAGUGCUCACACGACAAGAAGCUCAUGUGGCGGCUGGAAUGCUCGGGAAACUCGUCACGUGCGGGAGAAGAGGAGAAAACGACCAAAGCGACGCAAUGCAGUGUGUGCGAAAAGUCGUUCAGUCGAUUGUAUCGGCACAGCUUUGAGUGCAAACUGUGCUCGUCUGCUAUGUGCUCCAAGUGCUGUGUUGAGCGCACGUUGAAUUGCGUGCAUGCGGUAGGCAACAACCGACUUGCGAACAAACACGUCUCGACGAUCGCCGUGAACCUCUGCACGAGCUGCGUCGCCACGACUUUGCAAACAAGUGCGCUGAGUCUAGCGCAAGAAGAAGUGGCGUCUGGGCGAUUCGGACGUAUGUCGGACAGUUCGUUGCAUGUGCCAGAUCAUCGCCGUGGAAGCGAUCCACCAUCAGGUGACCACCCUUCUUUACUUGCUACCAUCGUCAAUGAAGACAUUGCUGGCCAUACCGAGCACCAGACGCGGCCCCCGCGUCAAAUGGAAGGAAGUGCCCAAAAUGCCUACUAUAUCCGAUCGAAGGAGAGUAGAAGAAGCAAGCGUGAACAUGAAGCCGGUCGCGGCACGUCAGAGCUGUGUGACGACGACAAGAUGCAACAACCUCAGACUGGACACCCUGAUGCUUCCGAGAUAUUGCUAAGAAGAGGCCACGCGUGUGACGACUCUCCAACGUCACAUCGGAGUAAGAACCGCGAGCAACGCAAGACGAGAGCCCGAGCUGGAAGUCACGAGCCUGUCAAUCCGAAUGCAUAUGCGCAUCAACCGACUUUCAGACGGGGACAGUCUAAUGAGGUCAGGCACUAUAUGUUACGAGCUGAGGAUGGUGGUAAGUCAGAACGCUCCAGCGACCGGCUUACGCCACCAGAAAGCAUUGUGCAGAGCCACCACCAGCCUGUGUAUGAUGAAUACACUCCAGUGGAGCUCGAUACUGCCGAUACACACAGCCGUGGCUUGCCAGUGUAUCUGAGUGACUUGGUUGAUGUCUUGCCGUCCCGACUGAGCAAAGACAGCAUUAGGGAGACUACGAGCUCAAGCGAAGGCUGUCUGGAAAACGUUCGUGGUGCAGGUAUGGCCGUGGAGGAUUUCGAAGCAGAGGAAGACGACACUGCAUCUCAGGGCACGUUCGACAGCUUUGCUGACCUCAUCAAUAUCAGGGAUGAUUUGGACGACGUCUACGAGACUCUGGACACGAAGGACAUGGAGGCCGUAAAGCGAUCGUCUCAGGUCAAUAAUAAGUUGUGGCAGCAGAUUGCCGAGCUGCGGGAUGCUGCCGAGAACGUCUACCAGUACACGAAAGAGAGCGCUGCAUUGCACAUCACGCAGGGCGGCACAAUACGAUCUCCGCCGGUACGCUCCGGUAUUUAG